AGGAGGAGGAGGAGGAGAAGAGUGAGAGGCUUUUAGUCAGGAGUGAGUGAGAAAGACGGAGUGGGCUCCAUCUCGCUCUCUUACCAAGGCUGUCACACAUGAACAGGACAACUUCAGUUUGGAUCUAAGUUUACCUUCACUGAAGAUGACUUCACGCAUCCCCCCCUGGUUCUUUGGAUUAUUUCUACUAGUCCUCCGGUUCUGCUGCCAUCGCUCCUCUGCCUAUCAGCUGCUGGACGACCGUGGUUCUCAGGGAGCCUUGGAUCUGACGGAGUUGAUCGGCGUUCCGCUUCCUCCCUCUGUCUCCUUUGUUACGGGUUUCGAGGGUUACCCCGCUUACAGCUUCGGCCCGGACGCCAACGUGGGCCGCCUCACAAAGUCAUUCAUCCCUGACCCAUUCUACUAUGACUUCGCCAUCACGGUCACAGCUAAACCUACCACACGGCGUGGUGGUGUGCUGUUCGCCAUUACAGAUGCUUACCAAAAGAUUGCACACUUGGGUAUAGCAUUGUCUGAGGUAGAGGAUGGUUCCCAGAGAGUCAUAUUGUACUACACCGAGCCAGGAACAAGAGGUGGGACGCAGGAAGCGGCUUCCUUCAAAAUGGGAGACCUGACGGGGAGAUGGGCGAGGUUUACCCUGACUGUACAGGGGGCAGAGGUGCGUCUCUACAUGGACUGUGAGGAAUACCACCGUGUUGCCUUCACCAGGAGCCCUCAGCCUCUGACCUUUGAGGCCAGCUCGGGGAUCUUCGUAGGGAACGCUGGGGGUACGGGCCUGGCGAGGUUUGUGGGCUCCAUCCAGCAGCUGGUACUGAAUUCAGAUCCCACGGCCCCAGAUGACCAGUGUGAGGAGGACGAUCCGUAUGCCUCUGGAUACGGAAGUGGCGAUGACGCUUAUGAAGACAUUGAAGGGAGAGACGAAGUGAAGAAGAUUGUGGAGGAGAGAGAGUUUACAAUGCCCCUCCCGGAGCUGGACCCAACUUACAGCACCCCAGUCCGAGCUCCGCCCACUGAGAUUUCAGUAGGUGAUGAUGAAGACAUAGAGGAGACUUCUGGACAGGAAGUGGAGACGACUACUGUAAGAGUGACAUCAUUUGCGACAGAAACUCCAGCCUCCCUACUGGAAACUUCCCUGCAGGUGUCUCCGGGACAGAAAGGGGAGCGAGGUGACCCAGGUCCAGCCGGUCCCCCAGGACAGCCCGGCCCUCCAGGACAAGCUUCAGGACAAGGGGAGGGAGGGGAGCCAGGACCCCGGGGACCACAAGGACCACAGGGACAUCCAGGCACACCUGGAAUUCCUGGGAAAGAUGGACAGCCUGGAAGCAAAGGUGAAACUGGUGUCCCGGGAAUAACUGGGGUUCCAGGAUUCCCAGGACUACAGGGAGAGCCUGGUCUUCCGGGAGAAAAGGGUGAUCCUGGUGUCGGACUACCAGGUCCCCCAGGUCCUCCUGGACUUCCAGGUCGACCCAGCAAGUCCAUGUUCCUGGAGGGGUCAGGAUUUGAUGACUUUGACAGUGACUCAGAGAUUAUUCGGGGGCCCCCAGGGCCUCCUGGCCCCCCAGGACAGCCAGGCCCCCCAGGAACGCCAUCUGAGGACGUCAUUCCUGGGCAACCUGGAGCCCCUGGGAAAGAUGGAAAGGAUGGAGAGAAGGGUGAACCUGGAUUGCCUGGUGUUGAUGGAAAAGAUGGAGAUCCAGGGCCUGUUGGGGACAAAGGAGACAAGGGAGAGCCUGGUGUGAGCGGGCAACCAGGACCAAAGGGAGAUCAGGGCCCUCCCGGGUUUCCAGGCCUACCGGGCUCAGAGGGUACACAAGGGCAGCCUGGUCCCAGGGGUCCACCGGGUCCCCCUGGUCCCCCUGGAAGAGGCUUCACUUUGGAGUUGGAGGACUUGGAAGGAUCUGGGACACAAAAUGGUUUUGGAGUUGCUCUGUCCAGAGGCCCUCAGGGUCCUCCUGGAAUCCCUGGACUUGAAGGACCCAAGGGUAAAGAUGGUUUAGACGGCUCCCCAGGAAAGCCAGGGCAAAAGGGGGAGCCAGGUGCAACAGGACCACCAGGGUUUCCAGGACUGGAUGGACUAAAAGGGGAAGAGGGACCAAAGGGUCACAAAGGUGAUCCAGGACAAAAGGGAGAGACAGGACGGGACGGGCUCAGUCUGCCCGGCCCUCCAGGACCACCUGGACCACCAGGACCCAUUAUCAACCUUCAGGAUCUUCUACUUAACGAUACAGAUGGUGCCUUCAACUUCUCAGGGAUUUUUGAUGCUCAGGGACCCGCUGGACCUCAGGGUCCAAAGGGUGACUUUGGGUUGCCAGGCCCUCCAGGACUGAAAGGUGAAAAGGGUGAGCCAGGCAUUGUCAUCACAGCAGAUGGAUCCACGAUGUCAGGCCUGGCUGGUCCAAUGGGACCCAAAGGAGUCAAGGGAGACAGUGGUGUACCUGGACCCGCUGGAAUUCAAGGGCCUAUAGGACCACCAGGACCCAAAGGAGAAUUUGGUUUUCCUGGAAGACCUGGUCGUCCAGGCCAGAUGGGACCAAAGGGAGAAAAAGGGGACCCCGUAGGCGUGCAGGGACCUCCUGGCCGUCCUGGGCUGCCAGGCCGUCCUGGAAUAUUCAAUUGCCCCAAAGGCACGGUGUUCCCUAUCCCUCCCAGACCCCACUGUAAAAUGGAUCUUAAUCCCAAUGGAACCAUUGUAGUUGGUAACUGUCAGACAGGACUAAAAGGAGAAAAGGGAGAGAGAGGCUUUCCGGCGCCAACAAACUCAUUUCUUCCCAGGGCAGUCUGGGGGGCAGUUGGUGACCAGGGUAUGAAAGGAGAGAAGGGAGACAAGGGGGAGGCAGGGUUGACCGGGCAGCCAGGUAUCCCGGGCAGACCAGGACUUGUGGGACCUAAAGGAGAGUCAGUUCUUGGUCCGCAGGGCCACCCUGGGGUGCCAGGUUCUCCAGGUAUCCCAGGCUAUGGCAGACCAGGACCAGUCGGUCCUCCUGGGCCACCGGGACCUCCAGGUCCUGCUUGGUCAUCCUCAAGAUAUGGCUCAGCUUUGACCAUUGCUGGCCCCCCUGGACCUCCUGGACCAGCUGGACCUCCUGGACCUUCUGGUAACACGGCAUUUCUGAAAACAUUUUCGACCCGUGAAAGUAUGAUGCAGCAAACCCUCAGGGAUGCAGAGGGAACUCUGGCUUAUGUCACAGCAACAGGAAGUCUCUACCUCAAGGUUUCCCAGGGUUGGAAAGAGAUACAGCUUGGCAGUCUGAUCUACCUCUCAAAUAACAUUAUUCCACAGGAUGAGCCUCGAGUUGCGUAUCAAAUAAGAGGACACACGAUGGAGAGAAUACGUUCAGUUAAAGAAAGGCUCAACCUGGUGGCCUUGAACCAGCCCCACUCAGGCGACAUGAUGGGGCUUGACACGGCUGACCGGAUGUGUUACGAGCAAGCCAAGGCGAUGGGUUUGGCUCCAAACUACCGCGCCUUUAUUUCUUCCCACAGGCAAGACUUGGUCCAUGUGGUCUAUCCUGGUUUCCGGGACACUCUGGCAGUUACCAACCUUAGGGGAGACGUGCUGUUUAGGAACUGGCGGUCAAUUUUCAAUGCUGACAGGGGGCCAAUUGAUGCCAGGAUACCCAUCUAUUCCUUUGACGGCCGGGAUGUUUUAGCUGACCCCUUCUGGCCUCAGAAGAACAUCUGGCACGGGUCCAACAGCAGGGGUCUCCGAGUGGUGGACAAACACUGUGAGACAUGGCGAACGGACCACAUGUCUGUCGUGGGCCAGUCAUCGAGCCUGAUCUCAGGUCUGCUUCUGGGCCAGCAGACGCGAAGCUGUUCCAACGAGUACAUUGUUCUUUGCAUCGAGACCCACAAAAACCUUUAAAUCCCCCUCCAUACCACUCUACCAAGGAAACCAACCAUCCCAGCCGCCGUAAAUGUUUAACACUCGAGGAAAAGAUUUGAGUGUCUGUCUUAGAAAAGGGCGUCGUUUUCAGCACAUCUUUGGUGCUACGUGUAGCAUUUUGUGUUUUUUUUUAAAACACAGGACCACAUUUAACAGCCUGUCUUUCACAAAGAUGAUGUUAGUACUUAUUUUACUUCUCCCUCUUCUGACACCACUGUGUUCUUUCUGAGGAGCAAGAAGAUUUCAACAAACUCUUGACAACAUCUGGGAAGGGAAGCUAAAGCAAAGUUGAUGCUAGGCUGUGGAACAGGAAGACAUUUUGUGGAUUGUUUUGAUCCAAAUUAAAAGGAAUGUUUCUUUGUGUUUUAGAGCAAUCCAGAAGAUUUCCCCUUAUAUUCAACCUGGUGGCACAUAAUAUAAAAUGCAACAUAGAGGCUGAUGAAAGCUGUCAGUUUAUUUCUACUUACACGCAGCACCUUUUAUUCUAUGAAAGUGGACUCAUUUGCAACUCAGCAAAUCUGUCACUUUACAAGAAUUGAACAUGACUAGUGCAGUAACACAAAUGGCUUUCCCCCCACAUGGUCACCCAUAUGUGUUAAGAAUAAGACGUCUCUUUAUUGUUUAAGUUUAUUGUCUCUUUGUUCAACAGACUGAAAGUAGAGACUUAGGGGUUGCAGGAAUCUUUACCUGUUUGAACAAAUAAUAGCUUUCCAAAGAGUACUUUCACUGUUAUGUUUACAGGUUGUCAUGGAGAGUUUUAAUGGCUUAAAAAAUUCAGUACAACUUUAUUCAAUCCUUUAAGGGCAAGAAGUUUGUUUCCCCAUAGUCCCUCAUCCAACAGUGGGAUGACCAGACAACCAGUGUUGCCAAGUAAUUUUUGAUGCACUGUACUUUAUUUUUUAAAUAUUUUCUAGAUUAACAUUUUCAUCCUUGAAGGUGUUUGUGUUGUAGCUUCUCAUACAUCUUGAUGAUCUCACUUCUUAGCAGCUCUAUCUCUCAAUAGGCUAUUUAAUUUAACUACAAUGAUUUAUUUAUACCGUCACAGCACAUACCACGAAAUCAGAUGAUUAAAUUUAAGAAUGUAAUUUAUCGUUUGUUGUUUAUCAAAUGACUGUUUCUUCUCACUCUUUGUCUCUUUUCUAUUUUUUUUUGUACAGUUUUUUUUUUUUUUUUUUUUUUUUUAUGGUCAUAGAUUUCUGGAGAAUGUUUAACAGUUGAGACAAAAUUUUUCACCUAGUGUAGAGAUACAGUUGAAACGAACUAAAUAUUUUCAUGCAGGAAAAAAAGAAUACUAAAAAUAUUCCAAGGGGAAAAGUGAGAGCACAUGUUUUUGUUUAAAUAUUGGUGCUUUGUUGAAUAAAGUUUUUUCUUUUCAUAACCUGA